GAGUUUUUGUUUCAAGCAUUGAGGACAAUGCCGAAUUCUAGCUUAGGGGGAUAGCUUUUCGCUAGCUUGGGGGAGACUUCAUUCUUUUUUGUUUCUUUCUUUUCACUUUUCUUUCUUUUUCUUUUUUAUAAAACUCAAAAUCCAAAAAUAUUUUCUUUAUUUAUUUCAUUUUUUUUCCUUUCAAAUUGUUGUUAAAUAAUCACAAAAAAAAAAAAAAAUCGAAAAAGUUUUGAAAAUCCAAAAAAGUCUCAAGUGAUUGAAUAAAAGCACUAAAAAUGAUUUGCUAGUCCAAAGGAAGAAUCUUGAUGAUUUUUAAUGUGGAUUCCCUUGCUUGUCAUUUGGAUAAUUAAGUAAAGGUAUUUCCGUUGAAUUUUUGCAUGUAUGAGUUAGGGCGAUUAGGGAUAGCUUAAUCUUUGUUGCUUGAGUCUCUACUUGAAAAAGUUUUUGAUAAUUCUAAAUGGCGAGCUUUGGUUUGAAAAGAGUUUGUUUUGUUCUCUUUUGGAUGUUCUUCGCUACCUUAAUUCCCUUUGGUGCACUUCAUUCCCCCGAAUAAGCUAUGCUAAGAUUUAAUUGGAUUGUAGAGCAAAAAGAUUGUGAUUUAUGUUUUGAGUCCAAUAAUGUAAUACCUCGUAUUUUUAUAAUAUUUAUAAAUAUAUUUUAUUAUAUUCAUAAAGCAUUUUAUGAUUUAUUAUCGUUUAAAUAAUAUUUAAACGCAUUGCAUUUAAUGUAUUUUAAUUUAAUUAGAAUAUUUAUUAUUUUAAUUAAUUACGAAACGAAUUUAAUUCUUGAGUCGGGAAAUUAAAUGAGUUGCAAAUGAUUUUUAAAGGCUUCGGGUUUUAAAUGAAAAGUCCAAUUCGUUUUAUUAAACGAGCCCAAUCAAAAGUAUUUAAUUCAAGUCCUAAGCUAGCCCAAUUCAUUUAAUUCCUAAGCCCAACUCAAAUAUCCUAAGCCUAGCCCAUCAAGGGAUUAGGGAGCCUAUAAAUAGACCCCCCCAUCAUUAAAUGAACCCCUAAAAUUUCAUAAAGCCCCUUUUUGAUUUCUUGCACCUCACUCCUCUCCUCUCUUUGCUCGGCACACCGCACGCACGCACGCAGCCCCGUGCUCGUGCUGCUGCGCCCUUGUGCUGCUCGGCCUCACGCCCAGCGCCCACUCCCUCUGGCUCUCUCCUCGCGCACGCCAGCGCCCACUCCCUCUCUUCCUCUCUCCCUCGCGCACAGCGCGCCCCUGCUUCGCUCGCCUUCCCUCGCGCACAGCGCCCACACUCUCGCCUUCUCUCGCUCUCUCCUCGCGCACAGCGCGCGCCCCUGCUGCCCUCAUCCCCUCGUCGCAGCGCGCGCCCCUGCUGCCCUCGUCCCCUCGCCGCAGCGCGCGCCCCUGUGCCUCGUCCCCUCGCUGCUGCGCGCACACACACGGUCGUGUGUGUGUGUUGUUCGUUCGUUGUUCAAUUCUUUUCGCCCAAUCACAUUAUAUUCGUGGUUGUUCCGUGCUAUAGGCCGGAUUGGUAUAAUUCUCUUCUUCCUUACCUAUUCUAUUUAAAUUCCGUAUUUUAAAUUAUUAUAUUAAUAUUGUUUUGAGUAAUUAAAAUGCUGGGAACCGGUUAUGAAUACCGUGGUUUGAGGAUUUGUGUGUUGUGAUUCAUUAGGUUUGUUUUAAUUAUUAAUGAAUUUUCAGAUUUUUUUAUUGAAUAAAGCAUUGAUUUUUAUGAUAAUAAACUAGUGUUAUUGGGAUUUUCAAGUUAGGGUUUUAACCUAGACCUAAUGAGUCAAUUGAUUAGCAUAAUUAGGUGAUGAUUUAAUUAUGAUAAUCAAUUAUAUUUUCAGAUUUGAAUAAAGGUUUAAAGUGUCGAUUUUUAUUGAUGUUAAAGGCAGAAAAAGUAUGUUUUCGUACUAGGGAUUGAUUUUGUAAAUUGAGACGAUUUUAUUAUUGAAAAACGAUUGAAUUCUAAAAUCUAAAGGAGGUUUUAAUUUUUAUAAAGUUGCUGGAAAUUUAAUGAACAUGGAAAUAAUUUAAGUUUCAUUAUUUUGAUGAUAGGAGGUGAUUUCUAGUUGAGUGCUCGUUAUUGCAAAGUGGCCCCUACGCUUAGGUAUUCAAGGAAUUAAGGAUGCUACCUUCUAAGUUCACCAGUCUAGGAUACUUAGAGAAGAUGGAUAAUGAGACUCCUCGCACGUAUGUUCAAAAGAUCGUGUUUGCUUGUGACUAUUUGGCUUCGACCAAGAAUAUGCCCCACCUUAGGCACAAAGAUAUGAUGGCUAGUAUGAUUAUACAUUGUUUACCCCAUAAGAACCCUUACAUAGACCUCAAGAAUAGGUUCAGUGACAUGCAUUAUGGUGAUGGUACCCCUAAUUGGUACAAGUAUGGGACUAGUGAUGGUAGGUGGAAGUAUGAUUCUGAGGUUCUUGCUACUAUCCUAGAGGUUGCGGAAAUUAGCUAUGAGGAUGGGAAGUAUUCUGCGGGUCUAGGUAUGGGCUAUGGAGGAGUAGAAAGUGAUGGUGAGGAUGGCAUGAUCCAUGAUGAACAAGCUAGUGAUGUUGAGGAGGAUAGUGAUGAUGAUGUGGUAGAGAUUGAAAAUCCUAACCCUAUAGUUCCUGAACCAACCAUUGAGAUAUCCAGUGGGUCUGAAGAUGAGCUUGAAGAGAAUAAUGUGGUUGAUAGUGAGCCACAGCAAAAUGAUGAGGCUAUGGAUGAAGACUCGGAUCCGGAAGAAGACUUGGAUGAUCCUAAUGAUCAAGACUUUACUCUAGAGCAAUACAAGGAAAGAAAUGAUCGUUGUGAUACGUUAGUCUCUAGAGAAAUGUAAUCCUUAGUUUUAUUUUUCGUUGAUUAAUAAAGUGGUAAAGCUACUAUUUAUGGUUUUAGUUUAUUAUAGUUGGAGAAUAAAUGUUAUGGCAUUAGUGGA